AUGGGUGCUUGUCUCUCUUCCAAAUCUCUUGAUUACCAAAAUUGUUCUGCAAACGUUGUUCUAUUGAAUGGAGAAUUGCGCCAAUUUUCAGUUCCUACCACAGUUGCUCAGGUACUGGAAUCAGUAAAUUCAACAUUAGGUUCAUUCAUUUGCGACUCGGAUUGCUUGUAUUUCAACGAUUACAUACCUGCUUUGGCACCAGAAGAUGCGCUUGAGGAAUCUCAAAUCUAUUUCGUGCUACCGAAAACCAAGCUUCAGUAUCGUUUGACUGCGUCCGACAUGGCUGCUCUCGCCGUGAAAGCCAGCGUCGCUCUAGACAAAAUGAACGCCGCCGCCUCAACGCGCCGGCGGAAGAGGAAGUCACGGAUUUCACCAGUUAUGAUGCUAGAUCAAAAUAGCGAAUCCUAUCAGAAGAAAAGUUUUGUUAACAAUAACAAUGCAACGAAACCCUCAACGUCGGCACAAUUAGGGGUUUCCAGAUCCAGAUCUGUGAGGAAAUUCCAGAAGCACUCAUCUCGGCGGGCUAAAAUGGCGGCCCGAUCCUUCAAGAUUAGGCUAAGCACUAUUUAUGAAGGAUCUGUGGCACAUGCUCCAGUUUACUGA